AGUCAAUAGGCCCGAUUCAAAUUUGCGCGAAAUGAGCAACAAUAAUAAUGGAACAUCGAAUAUUGAUCCGCAAGUCAAAGCCUAUAUUGAUGAUGCCUGCCAGAAGACUAUAACAAUUCUUGUUGAAAAGAUAGUCGUUUCAGCCAACUUGAACAAGCCAACUGGACCGGAACUGAAAGACAAUCUAGCAAUAACCAACAGGCAGAAGAAGACUUGA